AUGGCAUCCAAUGCUAAAGUUAUCUCAACUAAGGUGAUCGGCAUCCUUUCUUUGGGCGCACGAAUGGCGAAGGUCGGAUACGUGGAUAGAACCGAUGCAUGGAACAGACCAUAUCUCAGCCUAGAAUUUCAAGCGAAGUUCAAGGCAACUUCUGAGAAGAAACUGUCAUCUCUAAAACCGGAGACUGAUAUGGUUUCUCUUCAGGGGACUCCUCAUGCGAGUGAAUCUGACAACCGCAGGCAUUUUACUGCAGUGGAGAUGGAUGGGAAUGGUGUCGUCAUAGCAAAAAAACAUCUUGUUGUGGAAUAA